AUGCAGAUCCCGAUUAUGAAUUUGAGUAUAUAUUUGAAUUACAUAAAUGAUAAUAUUGAGGUAGAAGAUGAGAGUAUGGAAGAAGGUACUGAAGAAGUAUUUGAUUUUGAUGCAAUUCCUGAAAUUUCACCUCCACCAAAUAUGCAAAAUUAUUAUUUUUAA